UCCGCGCGUCCCGAGCCUCCCUCACAGACCCACGCGGCCGCUUGAACAGUGAGUCAAGUGCAGCCAGUCCAGAGGCGCAUCAGCACUUACAGAGACACCCUCUCUGACACACCCAGGAUACAGGCAGGGGUUAUCUGGCUCCAACACUCAAAAGAGCGAGCAAACGAAAUCCUGGAUUUCAUUGAUGCCGACAGGACAUCUUCCUAAACUGAUUUAUGUGCCGAUCAAACACACGUGGAGCGCAAAGGGAGAGGCUGAAGUUUUCAGUCAUAUAGGACUCUGCGACUGAAAAAAAAAGGAAUCGCAAGCUGGAAAUAAAGCGGUGAAGCUGCUUUUCCUUCUCUUCUCCUGUCAACCCCUGCACCCUGAGAUUUCACCGGGACCGUUAGGUUUGGAAGGAUUGCUGUUGUGGUUUACUGAAAUAGACUUCGGAGAGACUGGAAACAAAGUGACAAUGUCGCGGAUCGGUUGGGUUCCCCGUUUAUCCCCGGAUCCCAGUGGACGUCGGCUCACCUUCGGUCUCCGCAGGCUCAGCGCGUUCAUCCUUCAGGUUUCCCUUCUCUGUCUGCCCGGGGACAGGGCGGCGAUCGCGUGGAGACCGCCGCAGGCCAGGCUCCGGCUCACCUUCUCAGAGCUGAUGUUAAAUAAAAGGAUCAUCCCCCUGAGCUUCAGUGCCUCAAACUUGCAUUCCAUUAUCCUGGACGAGGACAACCGAAGACUUUAUGCAGCUGCAAAGGACUAUCUCCUGACCUGUAACCUGGACAACAUCUCAGAGAGAGUGAAGAAGUUACACUGGCCAGCUACGCCUGAGCGGAUAGACGAAUGCAAAAUGGCUGGCAAGGACCCUAAUCUGGACUGUGCUAACUUCUUGAGGAUUCUCCACUUCUACAACCAAACUCAUCUCUAUGUGUGUGGGACUGGAGCUUUCCAUCCUCGCUGCGCAUUCAUCGACACGUCCAUAUUCAACAGAGAUGAGCAGCUAACGCUGAACCACGAGCAGACAGAAUGCGGCAAAGGGAAGUGCCCGUAUGACCCUCAGCAGCGGAUCGCCUCAGCAAUGAUUGAGGGAGAGUUGUAUGCUGGGAUCUCCUCUGAUUUUAUGAGUCGGGACACGGCAUUCUUCCGGAGCCUGGGCCAUCGCCGUGUGAUCCGCACUGAGCAGUACGAUUCUACAUGGCUCCAAGAUCCCAAGUUUGUGAAGGUCCAUGCCAUCGCAGAGAGCAACAAUGACGAGGAUGACAAAGUGUAUUUAUUUUUCACCGAGCGCGCUCAGGAGGUGGACAGCGGCAACGGGAAGGUGGUCUACUCGCGAGUGGCUCGGGUUUGCAAGAAUGACAUUGGUGGUCAACGCAGUCUGGUCAACAAAUGGAGUACCUUUCUGAAGGCAAGGCUCAUCUGCUCCAUUCCAAGUUCUGAGGGAAUUCAAACUCACUUUGAUGAACUACAGGAUGUCUUCGUUCUUCAUGGGAAAGAUAAAAAGAAUCCAUUGAUCUAUGGAGUUUUCACGACAUCCAGCAAUAUUCUCAAUGGGUCAGCUGUCUGUGUUUACAAGAUGGCCAACAUUAUAAUGGCCUUCAAAGGGGAAUUUGCACACAAAGAGGGUCCUGACUACAAGUGGGUGACAUAUCCAGGACGUGUGCCUUACCCUCGCCCUGGGACUUGCCCCAGCACCACGUAUGGGAGCUACAGAUCAACGCGUGAAUACCCAGAUGAGGCGAUCUUCUUCAUCCGCACCCACCCACUCAUGCACGAUGCUGUCUAUCCGGUGAACCAUCGGCCAGUGCUGGUUCGGGUUGGCAUGGACUACAAGUUUACUCGUCUCGCUGUGGACCGGGUCGAGGCAGUGGAUGGACAAUAUGAUGUGAUCUUUAUUGGAACUGACACAGGGUUGGUCCUGAAAUCUAUCUACUCUCCUAAAGAAAACCAUGAGGUAGAAGAGCUAAUUCUAGAAGAGUUAGAGGUUUUCCAGGACAAAGCACCAAUCACCUCAAUGAAACUGUCCAAGAAGCGGCAGUGGCUGUAUUUAGGUUCAAAGGGUGGCUUGGCCCAGGUGUCGCUGUACCAGUGCGAUUUGUAUGGCAAAGGCUGUGCGGAAUGCUGCCUGGCAAGAGACCCUUACUGCACCUGGAACGGAAGCUCUUGCAGCACCUACUUACCCAGUGCACGCAGAAGACUCACUCGCCAGGUCACUCUGAAUGGAGACCCUCUGACCCAGUGCUUCAACCAGGGAGGGGCCAUGUACACUUGGACUGAAGAAAAGGUAUUGUUCGUUGUUGAGGGAAACAGCACGUAUUUGGAAUGUAUUCCCAAAUCUCGGCUUGCGACAGUCACGUGGUUCCUAGAACAAACCGAAAAGAAUGGGCUGCUGCAGGAGGUUACCUUUGGGGACCGGAUCAUUCCAAUUGAGCAAGGUUUGCUGAUUCGUCAAAUCAAUCAUCAUGAUGCUGGUGUCUAUCAUUGCCAAAUUGAGGACCAUGGUUUGCGCUGGACACUAACAAAGGUGCGACUCAACGUGGUUACUGCUGACCUGCUGGCAAACCUGUACGAAGGUGAUGGACGUUCAGCUGGCCCCAUGAAGGACUGGUCUCUUCCAGGCCCUGGUCACGGUAUUCAGCCCUGGUACAAGAAUAUCAUGAGCCUCAUCAAUUACCCAUCCAAGAUGGACUUUUACUGUGAGCAGGUCUGGCAGAAAGACUUCAAGAAGAAACGGAACAGACUGCGUUCAGGCAAAAAGCACCGCAGUGCAGAGCCCAUGAGGAAAAGCAAAGCAAUAGUAGCAGGCAGACGGAACAAGAACAAACAGCACAAGUUACAGCGAUCACCCCGCAGUACCUAAAACGUUGGCUGACAGACAUUUCUCCAGAGUAAUAGAAGACUCAACAGCCUCAUAACCCUUUGGACUCUGAUAAGUUCCAAGUCUUUGCUUGCAGCACCAGCUUUGACUUGCUUUUGGCCGAGGGCAAAUGUAUAAUUCUCCAUCUGUACUUUUUCAUGGAAAUGGGAGAGAUUUCCAAUCUGUGUUUGAAACAGAUUGACACAAGAUAGUUCCCAGCUGACUGUACUUUCUAAACAGAAAUCAUUUAUGUAAGGCAUUUAAAUAUCAUACAAUCUGGUCAUCCACUUGUGAGUCUACAGAUCAGAAGAGCUUAUGGCAAUGAGGAAUACCACAAAAUAUUUCUACUAUGUUAAGGCGAACUGAUUCCAAUAGAUUUAUACCACAACUCUAAAUAUUUAGCUGUUGUAAAAUUUGGCAAGUUCAAAUUUAAACAGAGAAAAUGUCUUGACUAUGUCAAAAUCCAUGCAAUGUCGGGGACCUCUACCUUAAGGCUCUUGCAGUGGAAGAGCUAAGGAAUGAGAAGUUAAAUCUGGCAUUUCUGUAGCCAGCGGGUGGUGAAUCUGUGGAAUCCAUUGCCAUGGAUCACUGUGGAGGCCAAGUCAACGGGUAUAUUUAAAGUGGAGGUUGAUAGGUUCUUGAUUCGUAAGGGUGUCAAAGGUUACAGGGAGAAGGCAAGAGAAUGGGUUGAUUGAAUAGUGGAGCAGACAUUGAGCCUAAUUCUGCUCGUAUGUCUUAUCAUCUUGUUAAGAUUUUCUCCGUGACUCACUGGGUUUAAUUAAUGGGAUGCAGAACCAUACUUUCAAUUCUUGGUUUCGACUGAGUGAGCAGACCUGAAUGCGUGAUAAUUGCUGGAAGCAUUGAAACUGACCACAAGAAUGCACGGCCAGGACUGGGUGAAACUAACCUGAUUUUGAAUCACUGUCCAAUGAUCCCCAGUUAAAAGUGGCAUGGGGUGAAUGUGAAAGUCAGGAUUAGGCUUCAUAAUAACCCCCUACAAUGUUAGUCAUGAAUGCUCGCAAUGAAGACAGCAGCAAGUGCUGGUUCAAAGAUCUAUGGGCCUAUCUCCAAACAAAUAGACUGGGAAUAGAAGGAAAAUUGCUAUGAAAAAAUCCAAACAGUACUCUAAAAAUAAACAAGUAUAAGGCAGAAUUAGUUUGGCUAAUUUAGAGACAAAAUAAAUUUACAUUUGCAUACAAGAUACCUACUUGACAUUCGUAAAACAUUUAUACAAAUUUACAAGAACUUCAUUUGGAAUGUUUUCAUGGAACAGUUAUCUGAACAGUGGGAGGAUCCCUUGUAGUUGCUUAUAUUGGAGAGUUGUGGGGAUGCCUUUUCUGACGUGAGCCCCAGGCAAGAUGUGUGACCUAUUGCAAAAUCACCGGUAACAUAUCUAAAUGUACUUUCUUGGAGUUUGUGACUUAAUUGCACUGGAUUCUACCUGAUUCAAUAUUAUAAACCCCAUACCUUUCCCUGACACCCACCCCUCUCCUAACUGUUAAUUCCCAUGUUGAUUUAUUGCAACGCAAUACAAGAUGGUAUCAAUACAAAACCUAUCUGUGGAAUUUGUGGCCAUGAGCGGCUGUAGAGGCCAAGUCAUUGGGUAUAUUUAAGGCAGAGAUAGAUAGAUUCUUGAUUAGCCGGGGCAUCAAAAGGGAAUGGGGUGAAAGCAGGGGGGUGGGGAUGACUGGAAGAAUUGGAUGAGCCCAUGAUUGAAUGGCGGAGCAGACUCAAUGGGCCAAAUGGCCUACUUCUGCUCCUAUAUCUUAUGGUCUUAUGGUCUUAUGGCAUGGGUGCUGGAAAUCUAAAAGAAACCAGAAAAUCCUGGAAAUACUCAGACAGACAGGCUGCAUUUGCAAAGAGAAACACUCAGUGAGUCCAGUUUUAUUGAAGCAGGUGACCCCCCCCCGCCUUGUUAUCCACUGUUAUACAUUUAGAAUGAAGUUCCUAUUGCCAGAUUCCAGUGACUGUAACCAGAGGUAUGAUUAUAGAGCCGUAGAGCAUUCCUUUCAGACCAUUUAGUUCAUACUGCCCCGUUAUUCUGCCUAGUCCUAUCGAAUUGCAUCCAGUCCAUAGCCUUCCGUACUUCUCCCUUCCAUCUACUUAUCCAAAUUUCUCUUAAGUGUUGAAAUUGGACCAACAUUCACAACUUCAGCUGGUAGAUUGGUCCACACUUACACCACCCUCUGAGAGAAGAAGUUUCCCCACCCCCCUCCAGAUUCCCAUUCAAUAUUUCAUCUUUCACCCUCAAACUAUGACCUCUAAUUAGGUAUUAGGUGUAAGAACUAAGGAUUAGGAGGCGGGGUAGGUGGUCCGAGGCUGUGAGGACUACAAAAGUGUGAAGUAAGGGAUGGAACAAGUUGGCCUUGGGAGCAUCAGCAUCUCCGAGAUUGUGUCUUUGGGUGUGAUACAGAGGCUGGAUACAGUUGGGUCGGAGCUGGCCACUGCUCCGAGAUCAUUCAGUAUCUUGUCAGUCCGAACCAGAAUCAAGAUUUAAUAUCACUGGGAUAUGUCAUGAAAUGUGUUGCUUUGCGGCUGCAGUACAGGGCAAUGCAUAAUAAUAGAAAAAGCUACAAAUUACAAUAAGAAUAUUUAUAUAAAAAUUAUUUAAAUAAGUAAUGCAAACAGAGAGUAAAAAAUGGAAGAUAAGUAGUGAGGUGGUGACGAGGGAUUCAUUUUCCAUUCAGAAAUCUGAUGGCAGAGGGGAAGAAGCCAUUCCUAAAACAUUGAGUGUGUGUCUUCAGGCUUCUGUACUUCCUCCUUGAUGGUAGCAAUGAGAGGAGGGCACGUCCUGAGUUAGGUGUCCCUUUCUGAGGCAUCACCUUUUGAAGGUGUCCUUGAUGCUGGGGAGGCUACUGCCCAUAAUGGAACUGGCUGAGGUUACAAUUUUCAGCAGAUUUUUCUGAUCCUGUGCAGUGGCCCCUCCAGACCAGACGAUGAUGCAACCAGUUAGAAUGCUCUCCACAGUACAUCUGCAGAAACUUGCUGGAGUCUUUGGUGACAUACCAAGUCUCCUCAAACUCCUUAUGAAAUAUAGCUACUGGCAUGUCUUCUUUGUAAUCGCAUCAAUAUCUUCAGAGAUGUUGACACCCAGGAACUCGAAACUGCUCACCCUUCCACUGCUAAUCCCUCGAUGAAGACUGGUGUGUGAUCCCUCAACUUGCCAUGCCUGAAGUCCACAGUCAAUUCCUUGGUCUUCCUGAUGUUGAGUCCAAGGUUGCUGCUGUGACACCACUCAACCAGUUUAUCUGUCUCACUCACUCCAUCAUCUGAAAUUCUGCUGACAUCGGCAAAUUUUCAGGUGGUGGUUGAGCUGUGCCAAGCCUCACAGUCAUGAGUGUAGAAAGAGUAGAGUGGUGAGCCAAGCACACAUCCUUGAGGUGUUGAUUGUCAGUAAGGAGGAGAUAUUAUUUACAGUCCACACUGACUGUAGUCUCCCAAUGAGGAAGUCAAGGAUCCAGUUGCAGAUGGAGGUACAGAGGCCCAAGUUUUGGAGUUUGCUGUCCAAGUAUGAAUUUAUGGCACUGACAAACAUAAAAGAUCAGACUGGUGGUGGUGUGUGUGUGGGGUGUUUUACAUGUGGUAAAGUGACCUGAUUGUUAAUUCAUAUUUGGUUUCAGAAGAUAAGCAUUUUGGUAUUUUGAAGAAAUGGCAAUAUUAUGCCCAGGUCAGGACAGUGUGUCUUGGAGGUAGUGGUGUUUUGCUGAUACUUGCUAUCUUUUUCCAAUACUUGUAAAUUCCCAUUCUUCUUUCCUUAUUUCCCUUUACUCCUGAAAUGUGUUCUCCAUCACACAUGCUCAUUAACUCCCUUUGAUUAUGAACCUACAUUCAAAGGUAACUUACAGUGGCCAAUGAACAUACCUGCACAAUAUCAGGAUUGGGAUGACUUCGGCAUUCCCGGGAAAACCCACACAGUCACAGGGAGAACGCGCAACCUCGGCAAAGACUGUGGAGAGUCCCUGGAUCCAGAGGCAGCAGUACUCAAUGUUGCUUCAUUCUCAUCUCCCCAGUGAUGCAAGGUUUGGGACAUUCCAAUUGUAUCUAUUUCUCAAUUAGAUUGCAACAAAUUUAGAAUAUUCAGAGUUAUUAUCAGGUUAUAGACAGUGAGAAAUUACAGUUAGUGAGAAUUAAACAACUCUAUGCAGGUCCAGAGCUUUUUACUUUUUGAAUUUAUCUGUUAAUCCUACCUUAUAAUGGUAACGAAGGUUACAGAAAUAUUGUUACAGUCUUCAGAUGUUAAUAGGCCUUUAGUCAGAAGCUACUUUAACUUAUGUAGUGAAAUGCUUCAGCUUACUAUAUGACCUCAUUUACUAAGUGUAAAUGUAAAGCUAUUUAAAUCAUUAUUAUUACCUGGGUGGCAGUUUUUGUGAAAAUGGUUAAGGGUGAGGACUCAAAAAGUGUUGGCUGCCGGGUUCCAAAGGCAUUCACUGCUUUUGUUGGUAUUAUUUAAUUUUAUUUGUGUUUUUCUGUACAUUUGUUUUUUUCUCUCCUUGAGAUAUGUACAUAUUUAGUUUAUGACUUCUGUUAUUAAUAAUGGCAAUGUGUCUUGCAGCUCAGCUUUAAAAUAAAAUUGAAUGAUAUGCUUGCCUUCUCAUGUGUUUCUGCA